AUGAACUACGACAAUCCAUCCAGUCUCAUACAACUGACCAUUCAGAGCCUGCUGAAGGAUGACAACUUGGCUAUCUCUUCCCUGAAGGACAUACCUGAUGCACUCUUACCCAGUCUGUUUCUGAAAGCACAUAUUCAAGGAUGCUACAAGACCCUGAAGGCCAUAGUGCUGUCCUGGCCCUUUGAAAGACUCCCUCUGGGAUCCCUGGUUCAUGACAGGGCUCCUGAGAAUCCAAGUUUCAAAGCUGUGAUGGAUGGAAUUGAUGUCCUGAUCAAGCAGAAAGUUUCCCCCAGGUGCAGAUUACAAGUGCUGGAUUUACAGUUCACUGGGCAAAAGUUCUGGAACACAUGGACUGGAUCCCACCUCCAAGCAUACUCACAAAAGAGAGAACUGAUGUCUGAGGGAACUUCAAAGAAAGAGAAGGCCACACCCUACUUGGAGGUGUGUGUAGACCUCUACCUUGGUGAAGAACAAGUUGAUAGGUUUUCCACCUACUUGCUGAACUGGACCAAAAAAAGAAAGGGAGUGCACCUUUCCUAUAAGACAGUAAGGAUACAUUACCUGACCAGAAAGUAUUUCAGGUUUCUGUAUGCCGUGUCAUGCUGUGACAUCAUGGAGCUGGGAAUCCAUUGUACCUUGCCAUUCUCCACCCUGCGCAUGCUUGCUAACCUGCUGGGCAUGCUGAGUAACCUCAAGAGAAUGGUGGUCUGCAUCAAGAUUCCUACUGCAACCACCCCAGAAAAGGCAGAAUGGAGGUUGCUGUCUAUCAACAAUUUCACAUCUGAAUGCACCCAGCUACUUCAUCUUCAAGAGCUGUACCUGGAAUCUCCCUCCUUCCUCAAGGAUCAUCUGCACUGUCUGUUCAGGUGUUUUAAUACCUCCUUGGAGGUCUUCUCACUCACUAACUGCAGAUUUAGAAAAAAAAUAUUGACUCACGUGUUCCAAAGCCCAUGUAUCAGUCAACUGAAGGACCUGUGUCUGAAGGGAGUCCCCUUAACCUCUGUCAGUAAGUGCCUGCGAUCUCUGCUGGAGGUAAAUGCAUCCACCCUCCAGCAUCUGGACCUGGGUCUGUGUGGCCUCCAGGACCCCCAGCUUGAGGUCCUGCUCCCUGCCCUGAGCAGCUGUUCCCAGCUCAGAUCCUUCAGCCUGCAUGGGAACCGCCUGUCCAUGGCCACCCUGGAGAAGCUGCUGAGCUGUACCUCGGGCCUCAGCAGGUUAAAACUAGAGCUCUAUCCAGCCCCUCUGGAGAGUUUCAGCCCACAGGGAGUUUUGCAGCCUGCAACAUUUAGGUUGCAUUGUACUCAGAUCAUAAAGAUUCUCAAGGACCUUAGACACUCCAGGUCCAUUGUGGUGAGCACUGGUCAAUGUUCUUCAUGUGCUGAGAAGAUGUUCAGAAAUGGGGAGCCCAUCAUUCUACCCUGCAAGUCUUGUGUCAGGAAAUUUAAGAAGCUGUCAAUAGAGUGA